AUGCCGAAAAGGCAAACGUCGAAAGCGGAUAAUGGAAGAAGGAAAGUAUCGAAAGGAAAACGCCGAAAAGGAGGAGAUUUCUGUAGUAAAGUAAAAUCGAUCAACAACAACAAGAACAAUGAAAAUGAACAGAAUCCUAGUACAUGGGAUCUUUCUCGAGAGAAUUCAGAUGAAGCAAUGAAUGAAAUUGAGCGAUCUCAAACGUUAGAUAUUUGUAAAAAGGCCUUAAAAAUAUUUUUUUUUUUACUUUCAUUUAUAUUAGUCUUAUCGGGAUCAGUAUUUAGUCAAUUAAGUAUUAUGGCUGUAUCAUCAAAUAUAAAGACAAGUAGUUCAAAAGAGACGCGUAUACUUUGGCAUAUGGCAGCAUUAUCUAUGUUAUUAUUUCCAAAAAUAUUAAUGAUUAUUAAAUGCAUUAAUCGAACAUUGAAAGGAAUUCCAAGACCGAGUUUUAAACUAUUUGUUAUUAUGAUGAUAACCGAGUUAUCGGGAAGCGCUGGCAUGGGUCUAUUAAUAUUUCAAGUUCUUCCACAUAUGCCAUUUAUAUUAGCACCAUUAAUAUUUCUUACAUUAGGUUGGCUACCUGGCCUUUUACGUACUAUCAUAUCUAAUCCUACUAUAACAAACAAAGGCUUAUAUUAUCUACGUUUAAUUUUAACACCUCUUGCUGUUUUACUUCAAAUAACGUUUCCAGUAUUUUUAUAUUUAAUCACAAGGAAUGAAGAUCUUAGAAUAACUCAGUUUUAUAUAUUCACCGCAUUAUCAAUUGUUUUAAUUUCAUUCAGUUGGUGGCCAAGUUUCGCUCGUGUAGUAACAAAACCGAAUAAAUAUUCUCAUGAAGCAAAUGACAAACCAAUAGAAAACAAACAUGGACAGAGACCAAACAAUAAUCAUAGAACCGUACAAGUUGAAGACGAAAUUUAUCCGAAUGAACAUGAAUUUAAUACUCACAAUUUUAAAAGUGAUUGUAGCCAGUCGUUAUUACAUUUUGUAAAGGAAUUAGAAAAAUGUCGUUAUCGGUUAUAUAUAUGGAUUUCCUUAAUGCAAAUGGUUGUUUUAACAAUAAUUGGUUUAUCUUCUCUACCAUCCGACAUAAGAAUAAAACCACAAAUAUAUCAGCAAGCAUUUAAUUUACUAUUAACUUUCAAUAAUGUAAAACACUAUUAUUGGGUGCUCGUUAGUGUUGUUAGUGGCUACUUAACAUAUAUCGUAGGAAGAACAGUGUGUAAGAUAUCCAUGCAAACUGAAUCAUUUGCCCUUCCAUUAAACUUAACAUCUGUUGCUAUUCUAAUAUUAUUAUCUGUUUGUGAAGCAACCAGUACAAAUCCAUGUUAUGCCUAUAUUUUUGAUAUACAGUUUGACAAGUUUGUUGCAAAUAACGUUCGACGAAUUUUACCAUGUGUGGCAUAUGCAGUCGUGUUGAUACUUUGUCAAAUAAUUUCCGGUGCGCAUGUUUUUAACCCGAAACAAGACCAAUUUUCGAAUGCCGAUAAUUUAUUUAUUACUCCUAUGUAUGAUUCUGGUUGUAUUGUUCAAUCGUUAUUAUUUAACAGAAAAGAUAUCGAUAGUUUAGCAGAAGAAUUGCAUGAAAUGGGACAAGAGGACAAGACACGUGCAAAUAUUCCAAAGAUUUUUUUUUGUGCUACUAUGUGGCAUGAAACCUUCUCCGAAAUGCAACAACUUUUUAUUUCAAUUUUCAGAGCGGACAGAGAAGUUAUUAAGAGCUCUAUAAUGUAUAAAAAUAAGACUAUCCCUGAUCCAACUGAAUAUGAUUUCGAAGUUCAUAUUAUGUUCGAUGAUGCAUUUACCACAAGAAGAAAUAAAACAGAUCCAAACAAAUGGGAACGAGUUGUCAACAGUUACGUACUUGAUUUGAUUGAUGCCAUCAAAGAAGCUGCAAAGAUAGUUUAUCGAAGAAAAGAGCUUCUCUCUCCUCCAUCACGUGUUAUUACACCAUAUGGUGGUCAAUUAAUUUGGGCUACGCCUGGUCAUAAGCCUAUUGUUGUUCAUCUAAAAGACAUAACAAAAAUUAGAAAUAAAAAACGGUGGUCACAAGUUAUGUAUUUGAACUAUUUGCUGCAAUACAAAAUGGAGUUAAAGAUGAAACCAGAAAAGGAUAAAGAUAUAAUUGAUUUUAGCCUACCGUUUUUAAAAAGAGUUGAUGAAAAAUGUUUAAGUAAGCUGCAAAAAACAUUUAUUUUGACUUUGGAUGGAGAUAUUGAUUUUCAUCCAUCAGCUAUUCAAUUGCUACUUAAUCGUUUAUCGAAAGAUAAAAUGACAGCUGCUACGUGCGCGAGAAUAAUCCCAAAGGGAUCCGGUAAGCUAAACAGACUGUAUUUAAUAACUUUAAGGGGAGGCCCACGCCAUUCCCUCCUCCCCCCCCAGAUGUGCCCUAAACUUAUGUCAGUUUGAAGAGGACACCUGAUUACAUAUAUCCUUCAGUUUUUUCGAUGAACUGAUAACUAUUCACAGAGUUAUUAAUUAAUUAAGUUUAAAUUUUAAUUAAACUUUCGAUUUCGAUGGUAUUGUAAAAUAAUUUAUUAUAUUUUAUUGGAAAUGUACGAUCAGCGUCGCGGUAGAGCUAUUUUGUAGACAAUCUUUGUUUCUAUAUAAUAUGCUUUAAAAAGUUUGAAAAGACACAGGUUUUUUAAGUGAAACAUUGUAAAAAGAGUGUUUUUUCUACUUUUAACCAUAAAAAUUAAUUUUUGAAAACCUUGCCAGGGAUUGCGCGAUAAGAAAGAAUUUCUGAGAAAACUUGGCGCAGUUGUAGCUGAUGUCAUCGCUGGCGAAGUUGUAGCUGAUGUCAUUUGGAAUAAGCGGAAUGGAAUUUCAAGAAAAAUUUUUGGAACAGAAGUUAAAUGAAAAUUAAAACAUUUUUAAUUUUAGAAUUUUAGAAUUUUAGAAUUAAUAAUUUUUUAAAGUUUUUAUUAUUAGAAAAAAAACUGUUUCGCUUAUUCCAUGUAGAAUUUCAUAGGAAACAACUUUUGAUGCAACAGUUUUUAGGAGAUAUGCUUUCGGCAGUCAGAAUCCGUAGCAAGGUUUUGGGGUGUGUAUCCUUGCAACAAGGGCUUCUGAAACCUGGAGCAGUUAUUGUCAUAAUAAGUUUUAAUUGUAACAUAGUGGCCAGAUAGUCGAAAGUGGUCUCUAAAAUUCUGCGCAAGGUCGACCUCUCUAUCUGUUCUGGUUCUCGAAUGGCAGGCGUUUACCGGACGACAUGAUAACGAAUUACGGGUGACUCAGGAAAAUGUCUGCCAUUCGAGAACCAGAACAGAUAGAGAGGUCGACCUUGCGCAGAAUUUUAGAGACCACAUUCGACUAAC